AAAUUUACCGAGGCGAAUUCUUGUUGUCCUUAUUGAUGGAAAUGAUUGACUGUUUUAGAGAUAACGCAUGUCCAAACAAAUUGAACUCGUCAUUGUCUGUCUGUCUGUUUGUUGGGAACAUUCAUCUCCGCGCGGAGCCCGAGAUCGCUGUCGGAGCCCCGCCAUCUUGACUAACAUCAUGUCCACUUGCACUGGCAAUGAAAUGAACUGAACAUCUACUUAUUCAUCACUUUUCUCUUCGUGUUUCAGUAUACCAUUGACAUUCAGCUUCAAUUAAAUCACAUGCAACAUGGCUGAAGCGGAGAGUGCACAAAAAAUUCAUGUCGCAGCUGAAGAGGCCCGGCGCCUCGUCAAAGACAUUCUUCAAGGCAACGGCGUGUCCCCUGACAAUGCGGCGAUAGUAGCACGUUGUCUCAUUGCUGCUGAUCUACGAGGCGUUGAUACACACGGCAUGAACCGAAUCCCUUCAUAUAUGGAGCGGAUUCGACAGGGUGUCCUGGAUGCCGGAGCACAGCCAGAGCUGAAGCAAGUGACGCCCGUCGUGGCCCAAGUCGAUGGACGCAAUGGCUUUGGCUUUGUAGCUGCUCACAUGGGCAUGGCGGCGGCCAUUGAGGCGGCAAAAGUCUACGGCAUUGGCUUAGCUAGCGUCAAGCACUCAAAUCACUUUGGCAUGAGUGCGUGGGUGGUGCAGCAGGCGUUGGACGCCGACAUGAUGAGCCUCGUCUUUACAAACUCGAGCCCCGCGCUGCCUGCGUGGGGCGGGCGGGAGAAGCUCAUGGGCGUGUCGCCGAUUGCGUGCGGUGCGCCAGGAAAGGGAGACAUGGAGAAUUUCAUCUUGGACAUGGCGCCGUCAGUGGCGGCACGGGGCAAGAUUUACAAGGCAAAGAGGAGAGGCGAGAAGAUCCCGCUGGAUUGGGCGUUGGAUGCGGAGGGCAGGCCGACGGACGACCCGGAGGCGGCGCUGGGCGGCGUGAUGCUGCCGAUGGGCGGGCCGAAGGGGUCGGCGCUGGCCAUCAUGAUGGAUGUCUUUUCGGGAGUAUUGUCUGGCUCUGCAUUUGCGGGACAUGUGACGAAUCCGUAUGACCCUUCGAAGCCGGCGGACGUGGGACACUUUCUUGUUGCUGUGAAGCCGGACCUGUUUAUGGACUUGGAUGAGUUCCGGGGCAGGAUGGAGUAUUUGUAUGGACGGGUGGUGGGAUCGCAGAAGGCGGCGGGGGUGGAGAGGAUUUAUUUCCCGGGGGAGAUUGAACAGUUGACGCAGAGGGAGAGGGAGAAGACGGGGAUUCCGUUGGUGAGGGCUGAGAUUGAUGCGUUGAAUGAGGAGGCGAGGAAGGUUGGGGCUGAGGGGUUGGCUGUGGAAUGAUGGGACGUAUUGGAGAUGUGAAUGUGAAGCUGAGAUU